UUGAACCUUAACCUUACGCCAUUCAUUCAAAGGAAACGAAUAACAAAAAGGAAAAAAAGAAAACUGUACAUGGUUUUACAAAUUAUACAUAAAGUACCAACAGAAACCAACGUGCUUGUUAUUUAUUGUGUUUUUUUUCUCCAUUUUCUAGUAGAAGCUGCCUCUCUCUCACCUCUUAGAGAACAAUUAAGGUCCUUGCUUGUAAUAAUCUGGCUAUUGAGAGGCAGGCAGGUCUCUCUUAUGCUUGUUAGGGAUUCAGUUUUCUUAGUUGUGAAAGACUCUUUUUCACUCUGGCCGCUGCAACGAAGCUAAAAUUUUCUCGCACCUCAAAGUGGGUGUGGGGGGACAACAAAGAGCUGAUUCUGCUUUGUGUUUUAAGGAGAUCAAGAUCAUCCCAUAUCUGGAGACUGCGACGUGUUUCAGAGGGUCUUUCGCUUGAUUAUGGCUAAUGUCUGUGUUCGCUAAAGUACCCAGAAGUUCGAUUGUACCUUGUCUUUCUUUUUUAACGGUAGUAGAAUUAGGUGCUUUCCUCAGGUUUUUGAACCAUAAUGAUUACAGUAGUUUGAAGCUAGCUUUCUAUGUAAGACAAAAGGUAGGUCUCUUGUGGAUGUAUUGCUAAUCUGUAUCACCACAAUGGUUAGGUUUUCCUGCUUCAAUGCUCAUAUCGGAAGUCAGAAACCAAAGAAAACUGUUCAGCCAUCUGUUGAAGCAAUGCAUACAACUAUAGAAGAUUUUUCUCAAGUUCAAGCCCCUAAGGAGUCGACUAAAGCUGCAAACAUGGACUCAUUCUUUCCAGAGACACAAACAACUGCUGAGAUUCAUGAAAGUGUCGAACCUGUUACGGUUUCUUCUUCUCCUAACCCUAGCUGGAAAUCAGAGGACAUAAAAGACGGAGUCAUUCUUGAUAGCAGUUCCAGGGUCCUUCAGAAUCCACAUUAUCUUAAGAAGUGUAGAUCUCUCGGAAGUGGCCUUUGCCUGGAAGGACGAGUUCCUGGACAAAAUGAUACAGAUGAUCAGACUGAUCAAGGAUUUUCAUCUGAUUCCCAUGACCAUGGGUUGGUUGAAGAUGGCAGAAAGCAUAUAGCAGUGAGCCAAAAUGCUUCAUUCUCAGAAUCUGUUCAAGUAAGCUCUAACCAUGUCUAUAACGAACCGGUUUUCUCUAUAGGAGACUCUCUACUUCCAGAAAAGGAUGGCCAUGAUAUCUCUAAUUUGCCUUUGCCUUGUGAGCGUGCCAAUGCCUCUGGUGAUCAUUCUCCCAAUAAUGCACCUGUGAUUGUAAAAUCAUGUUCUAUGCCAAAUAUUGUUGCAUCAGCACUCCUUUUUGGAGGACAUUCUCCUCCAAAAUGUUUGGCACGCCGUACAAGAUCCUCUGAGGAUGUGCAUGUUCUCAGCAUGAGACAAAAGGAGACCUUAAUUCAUGAUGUUGAUACUGAGGUGAUGCGAGAACAAGAAAGAGACGAUGGCAUGCAUAAAAAUCAUAAAACUAACUUUGAAAGUUCUUAUGAGGGAUUUGAAUCUUAUAGUUGUUCCGCAUCAGCGAAAGACUGGAUAGUGCCAGUUUCAGAUGAGGUAAGCUCAAUGAAAAUGCUGCAAGAAGAAUUGCGGGUUCUGAAUCGGAAUGAAUUGACUGGCAAGGAUUUUAAGAUUAAGCGAAUUGAGGAUUGGGUAAAUGGUCUUCAACAUGUCCGCCCAUCAGAAGACUCAGUUGAAUUAUCCCAUCCCAAUGAUCAGGUAAAAGCGGAACCUGCUGUCUAUAAUGAUUUGACUGCUGCAAAGGUGGAUGUUAAGGUAACUCCUGGCAUGGAAGCUGCAAAAAGAUAUAUAUCUUCUUUGAGUGCCUCAGCAACCACAGCUCAACUGGCAAAUCAUGGUUUGGUUGUUAUACCGUUUCUUAGUGCAUUUGUCAGCUUGAAGGUGCUUAAUCUAUCAGGAAAUGCAAUAGCAAGGAUUACUGCUGGUGCUCUUCCUCGAGGACUUCACAUGUUGAAUCUGUCAAGGAAUAAUAUAUCCACCAUUGAGGGUUUACGUGAGCUUACUCGACUUCGUGUGCUGAAUCUGAGCUACAAUCGGAUAUUUAGAAUUGGUCAUGGUUUGGCUUCUUGUUCCUCUCUUAAAGAGUUAUACUUGGCUGGAAACAAGAUAAGUGAGGUAGAGGGUCUCCAUCGUCUCUUAAAAUUGACUGUUUUGGAUCUGCGUUUCAACAAAAUCUCUACUGCCAAAUGUCUUGGCCAACUUGCAGCAAACUAUAAUUCCUUGCAAGCCAUUGGCUUGGAAGGUAACCCUGCACAGAAGAAUGUUGGAGAUGAAAAUCUGAAGAAGCAUUUGCAAGGGCUUCUUCCAAAUUUGGUUUACUUUAACCGGCAGGCUAUUAAAGUCAGCACAGUGAAGGAUGGUGCAGAACGAUCAGUUAGGCUAGGCAUCAGUGCCCAUCAAUUUGAUCGUGGCCUUAGAUCAGAACACAGAGCUACUAGGAAGAACAGCCAUGGUACUUCUAUUCACCGGCCAUCCUCUUCAUCCACUCGUGGUCACAAAAGCCAAGUGGCUUCCCCAAUGCAGUCAAGAGGCAGGCAUGGGCGCUAUCCUCCUAGUGGAGCGAAGGCAACAAAAAUUCGUCAAAAUCAUCAUGUAGAUCUUGGUAGCAAAGUUCUCAACUUUAAAUCAGAGCUUUCUAUGCGAAGGACCCAAAGCGAGGGAACUCUGGGGCUUCUAUGAAGUAGAGUUACUUUGAUGAGUGGAAUCUGGUUUUUGACUAUUUCACAUUCGAGUUGAGUUGGUUGUCGUAACUGCAAUAAAUGUCACUCAAGGUAUUUGGUGUGACUAGACAUUUUUAGAGUAGAUUUUGCCAAAAUGGGAUGGAAGUUCUCAUACUUGUACUGUUAGUAAGUUUCUUAUUUGUAUGCGGGGAAAUGUGUGGAAAACAAUAAUGUUGCAUCUCAUCUCUUACGUUUUGUA